UAUAAUUUCAAUGUAGGGGAAAAGAAAACAUUUAUUUUUUUACCUGCCAAUAUUAAAGAUACAUACAUAAUUUGAAAAUAAGCUCACAUUUAUUUGUACAUUAAUUAAUUUAAAAGGCGGAGUAAACUCCGAGCCUAGUGUUUGUUUCAAGCCUAGUUGAAAUAAUAGAAAACUUUUGGUUCUUUCCAGUGUGUUUUUGCAAUAUGGAUGAAGAAGUGUUAUUGUCUCAGUUUCGUCAAAUGGAUAAAGAUGGCAAUGGUACUCUAUCACGAAAAGAAAUAAAAGAAUGUAUGCGAUUAAGUGGAUUUAAUGACAAAUUUAUUGCAGAGUUUAUAGAAACUUUUGAUCUGGAUGGGGAUGGUCAGAUAACUUUAGAAGAAUACAAGGGUGUAUUGAAUAUAAUUCCUAAGGAAGAAAAAGAGUCAGCUGUCUGGCGUUCUGUUUUCAACGAUAUGGACAAAGAUAAUUCUGGAAGGAUUUCUGUCUCAGAAGUUGUAAGUCUACUACAAGAAAUGGGCUAUGACCUGCAAACAAGUCAACUCAGUGAAUGGAUGACUCGAAAUAAAAUAAACAAAGACAAUGGGAUGGAUUAUCAACAGUUUUUGAAUUUUAUGCGUCGACCUUAAAUAUAUAAUUUCAGUGUACAAUGAAACUCAGUGUCAUAGAAUUUUAUGUGUCUUUUUUUGUUUAUUUUAAUUGAUGUGUUCUGUUGUUAAGCUGUCAUUAACUUGCAACACUAAGGCAUUUCUGUCGUCUAAAACAUCUUUGUUUAAAUAUAUAUACAUAUAUGUGUGUUGUCAAUAAAUAGCUAUCUAUUUAAAUGUAGACUUCAGUUUGCAUACUGAUGCAUUUGAAAUAAAAAAGAAGAAUGGAUAUUGAAC